UGGCUGCUCUUCUCCUGUUACUGGUCAGCAUGUCUGGACGCGGCAAGCAGGGCGGCAAGGCGCGCGCCAAGGCCAAGACGCGGUCCUCGCGGGCCGGGCUGCAGUUCCCCGUGGGCCGCGUGCACCGGCUGCUCCGCAAGGGCAAUUACUCCGAGCGCGUCGGGGCGGGCGCGCCCGUGUACCUGGCGGCCGUGCUGGAGUACCUGACGGCCGAGAUCCUGGAGCUGGCGGGCAACGCGGCCCGCGACAACAAGAAGACGCGCAUCAUCCCGCGCCACCUGCAGCUGGCCAUCCGCAACGACGAGGAGCUCAACAAGCUGCUGGGCAAGGUGACCAUCGCGCAGGGCGGCGUGCUGCCCAACAUCCAGGCCGUGCUGCUGCCCAAGAAGACCGAGAGCCACCACAAGGCCAAGGGCAAUGGGAAGCUGAUCACAUUUCUCAAGGAAGCAAACAAGACCAGUUCAAGCACAGCCGGGGGCCUAAGAACCAGACUGGCCUGUUCCUGCAAAUAAAGCCGGAACCCCCACCAGUGCUCUGGGCCAGUGUCCUGGUCUCUGUAGCUCAUGGAUCAGCCUGUUGUGACCCCUGAACUGACACAGGCUCAUUGCAAACCCACCGAAGUCGUGUGCAGCCGUAACACCCUCCUGUAGUGAGAAAGAAACAGACUUACAAUCCUCGGGGUCCGAGUGCAGGGAAAUCAAACGAGAGGAGUACGUCAGCGAGCCUCGUUCACUGGCUUCGCUGUGGCGGCCUCAGCAGCACAUGGAGGCCUGGUUUAUGUCACAGAGAGAAACUGGUCUUUGUGCCCUGAGCUUAUGACAGCUACCAACAUGCAAAAUCCAAAACCAUACACCACGCCUCAAAAGCACAGUAAACGUUUCUUACGGAGAAUUAAUUGUUAAGGGAACCAUCGGGGAGAAAACCUAGUUCAAAAGGAGACUGUCAAGACUGUGUACAGGAAAGUGAAGGACACCAGAGUAGUCACCCCACAGUAUGCCUCUGGGACACAAAAGUGAUUUUGAGCUGAAGCAUCAGGUGCAGGAUGAGCUCUCUCUUCCAUCCCCUUUUCCUGCCUAAAGUCAGGAUAUACACUGUGGAGACCACUGGGUCCUCAGUGACAGGUGACAGCCCACGGGCACAGGAGGAAUCUGCAAACGAAGCUGACUCUUACUUUCCUCACAUAUAUUUCACCUCCCCAGUAUGCCAUCCUUAGAAGCCUAAAGCUGCAUCCUUUCUCCUGUUCUUUCUGAAAAAAAAAAAAAAAAAAAGACUCUGCUUUGUUGAAGAUGCUUUAUAAACGGGAGCUCUCAGUUGCUGGGGUCCAGCCCCAUGGGGUCCAGGGGUUCCCAAAGGUGUGGACGGAGUCGG